AUGCCCGCGAGGUCAAACGGGCGAUCAAAGACUGUGUUCGCGACCAGGGGAGAGGCUUUGGCUCUCAUAGCAAGCCACAGCUGCCUGCAUGUGCUUGCGGCCUGUCAAACCUCUCGAAUUAGCAUUCAAAAAUGGUUUUAUGCGGUGCCCCUGUCCUUCACGUCCUUGCCUAGCAAGACGCGAAAAUUGAGCAAAGUGGAAGGUCUGGCGACGCGACUCUCUCCGGUGCCAGCUGUCAGAAGAGGCAGCUUCAUCCCCACCCAAAUUGCCGGUUGUACCCAGCACCGAAUAUUUGCAGAGGAAUACUUGCUCUCACACCGGUCCUCGUCACGCAGGUCCCGUCUGAGCAUCCAUGCGUUUGGACACUCUUCAACCUCCAACUUUCUGACCUCACUGCUACAUUUUCUCCAGCCUCAUAUCCGUCAGUCGCAUCGCACGAAUCAUCCGACCUCGUUUGCAAACCUGCUGGUUGAUCGCAUCGACUCUGAGUCCUUUGCGACUGGGACCUAUUCUUCCUUGAAUGACGCACGACUCCGCGACCUUUUCUCCCGCUACACCGCUGCGGCCGCUUUCUUCGGCGAUGACCUCUGUCCUUUAAGAUCAUCCGACAUAUAA